AUGGGUGGACCAAAUGCCGAGGAGUUGACGCAAGAAGUUGUAAACAACUGCUCAAUCGAACAGCUAACAAUUAGCUACUGCGACGGCAGAGAUAUGGCCAUAAUACUGAAUAAGUGCGCGGCCUCCAAUCAGCGUGAAAGUGAAACUAUACUUUAUUCAGCAAUCGUGAAUAAUAAUAUAGAAAUAGUGAAAUAUUUGUUGGAGAUGGAUGCAGAUGUAAGUCUCACUGCAGCUUACGUACAUCGUAACUACGGUGGAUUACUUGCCUUGGACGUCGCCAUAGACAUGAAUCUAAUAGACAUCAUCCAGCUUCUACUGGAUCACGAAAGCUGUGACGUCAAUGGCACAGCAGAGUCCGGCUUGACGUCUCUCCAUAUUGCAGCAUUGAAGAAUAAUUCGACAAUCGCUAAAUAA